CUUGCUCAUUUCAGAUUUAAACCCCAGCGAAUUUGUGGAGUUGAGAGAGAGAGAGAGAAAAGUCGAGUCGUCAAUGGCGUCUGCUCUUUGUAGAACCGCAAGCCGUCUUCGCCCCGUUCAGAUUUUUCGUCGAAUUCGCGCCUCGAGCGAUCUACUGUCUUCGUCUUCUCCGCCUCCGGCGUGCAUCUCCGAUCAUGGAGAUUUCUCUCUUCCUCGAUCGGUUCGGCAUUUUCUUUCUCGUUUUCCAAAUCUGCUAGGUUUCAUUCUUAUAACGUCGAUGUUUUUUUUUUUUCAGUUUUUCUCACUUAGCGGUGGAAUCGAACGGUUGGAGAUGGAUGGGAGAUGUUUGAUGAGCACGUCUGCUUCUGGUACAACCUCUAAGCCUAGCUCUGGUGAUACGGAGACGAAAUCUUCCGGCGAAAACGAGAAAUCUGGAGGAUCGGAGGGUUCAGAUGGCGGUGGUUCCGAUCAGAAAAGCGACCGUGCAUCUGGGAAACACGCUCGUGGAGCGCCGGUUUCGUGGAUGAGCUUCUUCUUGCUGUUUGCUACUGGAGCUGGAUUGGUCUACUAUUAUGACCGGGAAAAGAAACGUCAUAUAGAAGAUAUAAAUACCAAUUCUAAAGCCGUCAAGGAGGGACCAUCAGCUGGAAAGGCAGCUAUAGGAGGACCAUUCAGCCUUAUAAGAGAUGAUGGGAAGCGUAUUACGGAGAAAGACUUGAUGGGGAAAUGGACCAUCUUAUACUUUGGGUUCACUCAUUGUCCUGAUAUCUGUCCUGACGAGCUUAUUAAGCUAGCUGCUGCCAUUGACAAAAUAAAGGAGAAGUCUGGAGUAGAUGUGGUGCCGGUGUUUAUCUCUGUGGAUCCUGAAAGAGACACAGUUCAACAAGUACAUGAAUAUGUCAAAGAGUUUCAUCCGAAAUUGAUCGGGUUAACCGGGACCCCUGAAGAAAUUAAAUCGGUGGCACGUUCGUACCGGGUUUACUACAUGAAGACGGAAGAGGAAGAUUCAGACUAUCUCGUUGAUCACUCCAUUGUAAUGUACUUGAUGAGUCCGGAGAUGAAUUUUGUGAAAUUCUACGGGAAGAAUCAUGACGUUGACUCGUUGACCGACGGUGUUGUAAAAGAGCUUCGACAGUACCGAAAGUGAAGAGCUUCGAAGAACAUUUGAAAGGAAAAAAAAAGUGAUAAAAAAUUACAUAAUUCACCAUUUUGGAUUCUUAGUCAUCAUUAAUAAGAGUUUCUCAGUACACGCGAGCUUGUGUUUCCUUGAAAAGAAAAUUCAGUUUUUGUUUCCUGCACGCACAAUAUAGGAGUAAGCCAUCUCUGAUGAAUUGAUGGCUUUUAAUGCCUGAAAACUUGAUGAUUUACAUU